ACUACAUUAUUGGUUUAAAAGCACUCUGUCACAAAAUCCCACAAUUAAAUAUGAUAAUAUACUUAAGAUUAUGCAAAAUACAAUACAUAAGACUGAAAUGUCAAAUAUAAAUACUAAUAUUCAACAAUUUCUAAAUGUGUAAAUGAAUCCAUCACGGAGAAGACGAUGAAUGAAAAUAUCGAAAUGUUUUACAACUUCAAACUUGUACAAAAGACAUUCUUUGCAUGGCAAGACUGGUAUAAUAUGAGUCUACAAGAUUCAAUAAAAAAUCAUGAAAUUAGAAACAUAUUUGAAAACAGAAAAAAGAGUAUAAUGUUCAAUAAUUGGCGUUUAUAUAUAAUUAAAAAAAAAUGCAAAAGAAGAAAGAUACUUACAGCGGGCAAUUUUUAUGAAAAAAAGUUGACAAUUAAAACUUUAAAGAAGUUUUAUAAUUAUGCUGCUUAUAGAAAAGAGAAAAGAAUUAGAUUAUCUUAUUUAAACGAUAAAAGUAAGGAAAUUAUGCAACGAUUACAAUAUAUUUACAUAGAAAAAUGGAGAAAUGCGCUUUACAGUGUUAUACAAGAGAAACAAAAGUUAUAUCAAGCGAUUCAAUUUUGGGAAUUGAAUGUAACUCGUAAAUACUUUUUCAAUUGGAUAGAAUUUUCCCGGCAGUACAAAAUAAAAAUGGUUCGUAAACAAGAAUUAAAUGAGAUUGCCAUUGGUUUCCUAUUGAAAAGAUUUAUUUUACAUUGGCACUCCAAGUUACAAGAUGUUCUCUAUAUACGUAAAAAAGAAUUUCUUGCGAUUUCCAUGAUGGAACACAAAAUUUUGAGAAAGUAUUUUCUGCUUUGGGAACAGUAUAUUGCACAAAAAGUGAAAAUGAACGAUGAUGUGAAAGCGGCAAUGAAAUUACAUAAACAGCUCUUGUUACGAGAAGGACUUAAAGAAAUUUUAAGAAAUUCCCUUUAUAACAUCGAUUACCAACGUGAUUUACAAUUAAAAAAUGCAGUAAUGAGGUCAUUUCAAAAUUUUGAAAUUUUAAAAGAACACUUCGAUAAAUGGCACUCGUUCGUUUAUUUAAAAAAGAAAUCAGUAUCUGUCUGCAAAAUUACAGAUAGUGAUGAAUUUCAGUUUAAGCAUAUUCAAAUUCCAUGUAAUAAUACAUAUAAUAAUUUUAAAACUUGCUUAGUUUUACCAGAAUAUAUGAUGAAAAAAGAUACAAUUUUAAAUACAUAUAAUUCAUUUCACAAAUUUUCGCGAAAAAGCUGGUUAUUUGAUUCAUUUUAAUCACUUUAGAAUAACAAUAUCUUAAUUAAAAAGGUACAGUAUAAAUAGUAAGAAAUAUAUUUCUAGAAACCAUUUAUUAUAUAUAUAUAAAAUAUUGUUUAUAUACAUUUUAUUCUUAAAAUGCUAUCAGUUUAUACAGUGUGUUGCUGAAGAAUAUGUACAUAUAAUACAAGCAGGCGUAAGGUUAUGAAAAUGUUUAUUUACAUUUAUUAUAAUUAAUGAAAUUAUAAGAAUCUUAAGAAACGCUAAUAUAGCGAUCACGAUUCGUUAUAUCCUAAGUCAUCGUUAAUACAAUCUUAUACAAAUCAUUCAAAAUAGCAAUAUUGUCUAAGAAAGAUAAUAUAUACAGACUCCAGAA